UUUAAAUAUAAACAGUGGUUUAAUAAAAAUUAGUUACAUAAUGUUUAAAAGGGAAUGCUAACGAGUUGUAUUUAUGCGAAGCGGCAGCUGAGCGGAACUAACUUUGUGUAUUAUUUGUUUCCGCACGAACUAUCACUCCCCGGUUUUAUCAGCGCUACGUAAGGGAGAUGGCUGCGCUCCGUACGGCACUCCAUGGACGACUUAUUCAGCCCCUUUCUUUGUCCUUUGGCUCACUGCGGUUUGCCAGCUCCUUCAAGGCAGCGGAUCUCAGCAUCGAGCGGAACACAGAAUGCAAGCCGAAGCCCGACCCGUCCACGCUGUUGUUUGGCAAACAGUUCUCCGACCACAUGCUGACCGUCAGCUGGUCGGAGAAGGACGGCUGGGAGGCGCCGCAGAUCAAACCUUUCCAGAACCUGUCGCUGCACCCGGCCAGCUCUUCCCUGCACUACUCCAUAGAGCUCUUUGAGGGCAUGAAGGCGUUUCGUGGCGUCGACAACCACAUCCGUCUGUUUCGACCGAUGCUGAACAUGGAGAGGAUGCAUCGGAGCGCGGAGAGGAGCUGCCUUCCUCUGUUUGAUAAAGGUGAGCUGUUGGAGUGCAUAAAGAAGCUGGUGGAGGUUGACCAGGAGUGGGUCCCGUACUCGCAGAGCGCCAGCCUCUACAUCCGACCCACCUUCAUCGGAACCGAGCCGUCUCUUGGCGUGUCUCGGCCUGGAAGAGCGAUGCUCUUCGUCAUCGUCAGCCCAGUUGGACCGUACUUUGCCACGGGGUCCUUCAACCCGGUGUCCCUGUUUGCGGACCCCUCGUUCGUUCGAGCCUGGAAAGGAGGAGUUGGAGAGUACAAGAUGGGAGGGAACUACGGGCCCACGAUAGCGGUUCAGAACGAGGCGUUGAAGCGAGGCUGCCAGCAGGUCCUGUGGCUGUACGGAGAGGAGCAGCAGAUCACGGAGGUCGGGACCAUGAACCUCUUCAUCUACUGGUCCAACGCUGAAGGAGAGAGAGAGCUCGUGACUCCUCCUCUGGACGGCAUCAUCCUCCCAGGAGUGACCCGCCAGUCCCUGCUGGACCUGAGCAGAACCUGGGGUGAGUUUAAAGUGACGGAGCGGACGAUGGGCAUGAAGGAGCUGCUGCAGGCGUUGGACGCUGGAAGAGUUCUGGAGGUGUUCGGAGCGGGGACGGCCUGCGUCGUCUGUCCCGUCGGCAGCCUCCUUUAUAAAGGAAAGACGUACCAGAUCCCCACCAUGCAGAACGGUCCAGAUCUCGCCAAGAGGUUCUACGAAGAGCUGACUGAUAUUCAGUACGGACGCAGACGGAGCGAGUGGGCGCCGCUGGUGGUUUAAAGGGCUCGUGUUGCACGUCCCGCUCAUCUCGACGGUUCUGCCCCGCCACUCCAGUUCAGACCAGACGACUGCCGACACACUCCUUCUUCUCUCACCGACGCUUCUCGCCGCUCGGGCGGCUUUUUAAACCUUUUAAACGCUCCACCCUCCUCUUCUCUGAAGGCUCCCACUGGAAAACGGUUGGUGGUUUGAAUGUGCGAUCACAGAACCCAGACAGAACCAAACGAACCCAGACAGAACCAAACAUCUAAUAAAACUAAAUCGGAAUAUAAACAUUAUAAAAGCACUUCAUCGCGAGCCGCUGCUUCCUCCUGCAGGAGCAGUGAAGCCCAAACGCUCUGAUGUUGUAGGUGAAUAUUUACAAAGCAGCUCCAUGCACUAUAACGUACACGUAUCGACCCGUAGGACCUGUAGCUGUUACGUGUUGAGUAGCCGUCUUGUUACCGUCGUGUCCACAAACGAUCCUGCAGCUCUCAUGGGGGGGGGCACGCCACUUUGACGGCAGAGUUUGCACUGAUGUCGAGAGGAGACGUCUUUUAAAAAAAACAAGUUUUAUUUGUGACGAAUGCAGAGAAACUAAAGAAGAGAGGGGACCGCGGGCCCUUACUCCUGCACUAGUUGGUGUGACGUCACAGACGGAUUGGAGGCUUUUAAAUUAUUUUAUCCUCGUGUUGAUGUGUAGUUUGGACAGCUGUCUUCCAAAGU